AUGUCGUUACUCGAAUUAGAUUUGUCUAAAACAAUCGACAAACGUUGGGCUCAUCAGAAUGCGUUGUCAUCGUUCGCUACGGUCCACAUCGAACCACCGUCAAAACCUAUUCAGAUGCCUCAGAUUCAUCCAAAAACUGAUCCAACAGUGAUGAAUACCGUUCUCGAAUGGCAUGGGGCCAAAAGUAUCAAAGUAAACAAACGUCCACGCCCAUUGAUCACCGAACCCAAAGAUGCUAUUAUCCAUGUGACAUCGACGACGGUUUGUGGCAGUGAUUUGCACUUGUAUCACAAUGAAUUUGCUGGUCUGGAAAAAAAUGAUAUUCUUGGUCAUGAAUGUAUGGGUAUCAUUGAAUCGGUUGGAUCCGGAGUGAAAAAUGUCAAAGUUGGCGAUCGUGUCGUUGUCUCGGCCAUCAUCUCAUGCGGUGAAUGUCAAUACUGUACUCAAGGAUUAUUUUCCCUCUGUGACUAUACGAAUCCCUCCAAAGAAAUGGAGAAAAAUUAUGGUCAUCAUAUUGCUGGGGUCUUUGGCUAUUCACAUUUAUUAGGCGGCUACGACGGGUGCCAAGCAGAAUACGUUCGAGUUCCAUUCGCAGAUGUUAAUACGUUGAAAAUUACAAGUGAUGUAAAAGAUGAAAAAGUAUUAUUUUUAUCCGAUAUUAUCUGUACCGGUUGGCAAGCAACAGUGUUGGGCGGAGUUCAAGAAGGAACCACAGUGGCUGUAUGGGGUUGUGGACCGGUGGGAUUGAUGUCUGUCAUGUGGUCUCGCUAUCGUGGAGCUAAAAAAAUUGUUGCUAUUGAUUGCUACGAAGAACGAUUGGAAAAAGCGCGAUCACAAGGAGCUGAGACGAUUAAUUUCUCGAAAACCGACACACUGAAAACAUUACAACAAUUAAUCCCUGGUGGUCCCGAUAUUUGCAUCGAUGCUGCGGGCUUUCGAUUUGCUAAAGGUGUGGCCCAUCAGCUACAACGUGGUCUACAAUUAGAAACGGAUACACCUGAAAUUUUACGUGAAGCAAUCAUGGCAUGCCGAAAAGGCGGUACGAUUUCUGUGGUCGGGGAUUAUUAUUCAACGGCAAAUCAAUUUCCCAUCGGUGCCUUGAUGGAAAAAGGCUUGACAAUACGUUGCGGUCAACUGCACGCUCAAAGUUAUUGGCAUGAUUUGUUGAAAAUAGUUGAAGACGGCAAAAUAGAUCCAACAUUUGUGAUCACUCACACCAUGCCACUAGAACAGGGAGACGAUGCGUACAAAAUGUUCGACGAAAAAGAAGAUGGAGCCAUCAAAAUCGUGCUGAAAACAAAAGCAGCAAAGUAG